CACAGAGGAGAGGACUGUCCCUUUAAGACGGAUACAACACAACAGUUGCGCACGAGACGAGCGCAUCGAUGUCGCGCUUUACAUUGGACCAGUGAUUAUAAUAUAUAUGUACACCUGUGCUACAGCGGGCAGAAUUCAGCAGCUAAACUGUGGUUUAUAAAGAUUAGUUCACGUGAGGUCUACUGAGACGUUUUUUAAAUGGCGGGAGGAGAAAUUUGACGCUUCGCUCAGCCGGUUUGCUUUCUGAUGCGUAAUUGAUUCGAGUGGAGAAUCCUCAGCUGCAGCACCGAUUUUGGCUCAGUCUCCACGGAGCCCUUUUCUCAGGGAGGGGGAAGACUGCAGGUUUUCAACGUCCUACCUUUUGGUUUGCUUCAGGACGUCCUGUACGCCAGCCAGGCAGUUCUCCCCCCAGAGUGCUUCACUUCAAAGAUAAAUGAUAAUGGAAGACAAACGCAAGAAGCGGAGCCCAAAGGUGACCCUCCCCCAGCCCCCUCCUCCCCCCGUCAACCCCCGCAAAGUCUCCGUCCUGCCUGCCAGCAAAAGUGCCACCUUCUCUCUCGGCCUGCCGCAGCCCCCCUCCCCCAAGAACAGAGGCAAGUUUAAGCGGUCCAUAGGAGCUGCAGGACAGCCCAAAGAGGUGUUCACCGUCGUAGCGCCACCGAAGACCACCAGGCCCCACAAGGAGAAGCCCCGGGCCCCCCAGCCUGCAGGGCCCAGUAGAGUAGUGCAGUCUUCCCCCCUGCAGCACUCGUUCCUCACAGACGUCUCAGACGUGAGAGAGAUGGAGGGAGGCCUCCUCAACCUCCUCAACGACUUCCACUCGGGCAAACUGCAGGCUUUCGGAAAGGUGUGCUCCUUUGAGCAGCUGGAGCAUGUGCGUGAGAUGCAGGAGAAGCUGGCACGACUGCACUUCAGCCUGGACAGCCACGUGGAGGAGCUCUCAGAGGACCAGAGGAAGUGUGCCUCCGACCACAACCUGGAGCACCUGCUCUGUAACGUAAGCGCAGACCACAGCAGCAAAGGUCAUGCUCAUCUGUGUUUGCAUUUUUAAUACUCUGCACAUUUAUUUUAAAUUGCACAUUUUUGCAUGCCAAAACGACCCCCUAAAUUACAAUACAUCGCGUGUUACAUUAUCCUCUGCCGUGGUGGUCGCGUCACUGAAACAGCAUCACGUGACACUAAAACUCUACUCUGACAGUCUGCUCUGGUUUAGUUGGUUUCACAAACUGGAGGCUGUGGAGUAAAAUAUUUAAACAUAAACAAAUGAUUUCACUAUUUCAGAGACAUUUUAAGUUAAAGAAAUAAUCAAACCCUCCAUUAGGUUAAUUCUCAGUUUUUGACUUCUAUCCAUCAGUAAAUCUCUUAUUUUAAAACCUUAUGUCCAAUGCACCAAUGCACUUUGAUUUAUUUGAAUAAGUGUGUUUCAGACAUAGAACAUCUGGGCAUGUCCCAGCUUGUUCCACACAUUUAGUUUUUAUUCUCAACUCUGGCCAAAACACUUUAUUUUCCCUUCAAAAACAAUAAUAUAAUAAAAACCUGGAGAAAAUGACAUGAUUAUGUCAUGGGAGCACUUCAGUUAUUAACUGUCAUUGUCAUCAGGGGAAUAGUGAAAAUAUGCUUUCUUUUCUUUUGUUCUUUUAAGAGGCAUUUAUCACAUCUGUGCCGUGUUAACGAGUCACGGUCAUGACACACAGCAAGAACCAAACCUAUCUUGUCUUCCUUUCACUCUUCACAGCUGUGAGCCAUUAAAGCACAUCUGCCCGUCUGACGUGAGUCGGAAUGCUCUGCUGAGUGUCUUCUAUGUGUUAAAUGUGGAUUACUAUCCAGCACAAACAGCUGAGUGUCGUCCAAGAAUGCCUUGAAAGCGUUUCUAUUGUUAGGGUGUUGUGUGGCGCUGGUUGCCCCCGCCUGAGGCCGGUAUGUUCGCUGAGGGGAAGUUGCAGUGCGAUGUGUGAGGGAAGUGAGAACAAGCCUUCAGCUCGCUGCAGACACUGCUGCCAGGAAUACUUGCUGGCUGCGGCGGCGGAGGAGAACUGUGCCUCGGAGCAGACGGGCUGUGAAGUGACUUUUGUAAACCACACGGUCUGACUCAAAUAUUGACGUCACACACACACACACACACACACACACACACACACAC